AUGGGCACCCAAACCCGCCGCCCCCGCGGAGCCGCCAGACCCCCCUCCGCCCAACAGACCCUCUCCUUCAAGAACGAGUCAGCCAAAGUGACCAAGCCCUCAGCCACUAGGCAUAGCGAAGCAAAGACCAAAUCCAAGCCACGCCUGUCCGACCCUGCUAAGGAGGAAAUCAUCGAGAGCAUCAGCACUCCGGAUCCAGAUCCCGUCACAGUCGAGGCCGAAGCAGAGCCAGUCGCCGCUCCGACUCCUCGCAAGAAGAAGCGAGUCUCUGGUGCCAGCAGUGCUGUUGAUCCUAGAGAAGUGGAGGCCGAGAAGAUCACCGACAACCAGAUCAGAAAGUGGUGGGACCAGGAACAAAAGCAUCGGGGAGUUCCAGCCAUUCAUCAAGAAGCAGUGCCCCUACACGAGAAGAUCCUCCGCAACUUCGACCUCUCCGGACAGUACGGCUCAUGCAUAGGCAUCACACGGCUGAAUCGCUGGCGGCGUGCCAACAGCCUGGGCCUUUCCCCACCCUUGGAGGUCAUGGCGGUGCUGCUUAGAGAAGCUGAAGGCAGCGGUGCUGAAGCACAAACCAGCAAAGCCAAGGGCAAGGGCGCCAAAGGUGCAAAGGCAAGCAGGGCGCAGGGAUGUGGCGCGUGGGCGUAUAUUGACGAGCUGGCUGGCGGUCGAGUCGGGGUUGUCGACGCUUGA